CCCCAUUCCCCCCUUCUCCAACUCCUUCCUUCAUCAAACCCUAGCCUCCACCAAUAGUUGUCGCCGUCUGUCGGAGUGAGAGACUGCUGCCGCCGUCCAUCGCACUCAAGAACUUCCGUCUUCGUGCUCUCGGGCCUCUCGCCGGAUCCUCCACGUCGGGUGCUCGCAUCUCGCCGUUCUCCUCUGUGCUCGGCUGCUUGCGCCUCCCUCCGCCAGUGAGUGCUCGAGCUGUGCGUGUUGGUUGCUGCUCGUCGUUCGUGGUUGUCUCUGCUCGAUUCUGCCUCCCAGCCUCACUCGAGUCUCGUCUCAGUCACUGGCAUCUCGUGGUUCGUCUGUCUCGUCGCCGGCGGCAGAAGCAACUCGUGGGGUGGUCGCCGACUCGCCGUCGAUCGUUGUGUCACUCACCCAGCCACCGCCGCCAGCCGCCAGCCGCCCGACGUCGUCUUCUUCGUCUCACCGCCCGUCUGAACUCCGAAGUCUGAAGGAACUAAGGAAGUAGGAACAGGACAGACCCGCGGCUGUCUCUCAUCGCCGUUGCCGCGCCGUCGCCCUCGCCGUUGCCUCGCUCUUCUGCUCUGUCAAACAGACACUUGCGCCAACGACUAGUUUGACGGCCGAAGGAGGGAGCCGCCGCUGCUACUGUGCGGAGGUCAAGAGAGUGAGAUUUUAAAAGGAUAAAGAUGACGCAGAGAGCUGACGCCGGGAAGAAGAAGAAAUCAUCCAAACAGAACCCCAAUAAUUUGAAUGUGAAUAUUCUGCAGACUGAUCCUCCUACUUCUAACCUUAAAAGGAAAAGGCAAAAAGUUAAACAUGACGAAAGGAAGAAAGAGGCGGAGCUCCCUGCGCGUCGGAAGCUGAAGGAUGACCAUGAUGAUGAAGAAGAUUUUAAUGAUGAUUCUCCUAGAAACAGUGACGCGGAAAGGAUGUUGCAAGAUUCAGAUGACAAUGAUUCUCAAUCAACAGGCUCUGAGACUGAAUAUGAUGCUGAGUUUUCUCAGUCAGAUGAAGAGGAUGUUGGAAUUGAUGGUCAACCAAAUUAUGAGGAUUCAGUGCACUUAAGUUCUUUUAACCUACAUUUGGAACAUAAUUUAACAAAAGAAGAGAUAGACAACCAAAAUGGUUCCAAAUUUAAAUGGGAGGUACCAGCCAUUGGCAUGUCGAGUUGCAAAUGGAUAGGAACUGGAGAAAAUAUUUUGGAGGAUUUGAACUCCAAUUCUUUCGAUGGUCUGAAAGCAAGGUUGUAUGAGCACUGGAUGGAUGUCUACAAGACAUCUGGGGGCAAGGAUUUGAAUUCAUCUAUGCAAAAGAUAUUUUUCUCCCUUUGCAGCAGAUACCGGGAUAUACUUCACUGUAAUAAGAAACCAUUCUAUGUCAAAGGUCUCGAAGAUACAAGCAUCAUGGAUGCAUACAUAAUGCAUUCUCUCAAUCAUGUGUUCAAAACUAGAGAUUGUGUGAAAAAGAAUGAUGCAAAAUUAUCCAGAGCUGGAGAGAGUGCUGGUAGUGACAAAUUCCGAGAUCAAGGUUUUACUCGUCCAAAGGUUUUAAUUUUAUUGCCAAUGGCAAGCAUCGUGUAUCGUGUUGUGAAGAGGCUUAUACAACUUACACCUUCAGCUCACAAGGUUAAUGUUGAGCAUAUGGAUCGUUUUUUAACUAAAUUUGGAAGUGAAGAGGGCAAUGAGGAAAAUGACCAUGAUUCUGAAAAUAAAAAACCUCAAAAAGCAUCCAAACCAUCUGACUAUGAAGUACUUUUUGGUGGCAAUAAUGAGGACGAUUUUAUGAUUGGCAUCAAAUUUACUAGGAAGACAAUUAAGUUGUUCAGUGAUUUCCAUACCUCAGACAUCAUUGUUGCUUCAGCGCUUUCCUUGGUUAAUAAAAUUGAAGAGGCCGGGAGUAACAAGGAAAAAGAUGUAGAUUUUCUUUCAUCGAUCGAGGUGCUGAUUGUUGAUCAUGCUGAUGUAAUAGCAAUGCAGAAUUGGUAUCAUGUACAUACAGUUAUUGACCACUUGAACCGUUUACCAUCGAAGCAGCCUGGAACUGAUGUUAUGCGCAUUAGACCAUGGUAUCUUGAUGAUAAUGCCAGAUUUUACAGGCAAACAAUUGUUCUGGGGUUUUAUUCAAAUCCAGAUAUAAAUGCUUCAUUCAAUCAUCAGUGCUGUAAUUAUGAAGGGAAGGUGAAGCUGGUUUGUGAUUAUAAAGGUGUUUUACACAAAGUUCUUCCCGAAAUAAGACAAAUCUAUGAACGAUUUCAUGUAGACUCAAUAGUAGAUGCUGAUGAUGCUCGCUUUGAUUAUUUUGUUAAGAAGGUUUUCCCACGGAUCAAAGAUUCUGAUCAGGGAGGCAUUAUGAUAUUUAUCAGUUCUUACUUUGAAUUUAUUCGAAUCCGAAAUUUUUUGAAGUCACAGAAUGCUUCAUUUUGUCUUCUUGGGGAGUAUACGACCCAAAGUGACAUUUCUCGUGCACGUAAUUGGUUCAAUGAAGCAAAAAGGAAGAUCAUGCUUUACACCGAGAGGUCUCACUUCUACCACCGAUACAAGAUUCGUGGAGUUCAGAACUUAAUCAUGUAUUCACUACCAGAAAGGAAGGAGUUUUUUCCUGAGAUUCUGAAUAUGCUUGAUGGGUCUGCCAAUAUGGCAUGCACUCUUAUGUUUUCUUCCCUUGACAAGUUUCGGCUGGACAGAAUUGUUGGGACUAAUAAAGCAAAAAGGAUGGUGACUGCGGAGAAAUCUGUAUUUUUCUUUUGCCAUUAGAAAUCUGUAGUAUUCCAAAACCUUUAAUGUUCUUAGAUUUUGAGAACAUCCUUUUUGACCAAAUGAAGCUGAAAAGGACCCCAUUUUUUCCGUGGUGCGUUGAGAGACUGCCUCAAUUUCAGUUUCGGAACACAAAUGAAGGGAAACUUAUGCGUUGGGUCGAGUCUCUAUUAGUCUUACUCUUUUCGAGUUAAAUUCAGAUUGUGAAUACUGAAUAGGCAUAGUGAAAAUAUUGCAGUUUGAGAGGGUUGUAAUCUUGGUUGUAAUCUUAUAUACUUUUUGGCUUACAUGACUAUAUAUAUUAAACAAAUAUUUUUACGUUGCCUUGAUAC